UGAAGCUAUGCGGCGCUCUUCUGUGCCCCUUCCACGGCUUAAGUGAGCAUUCGUGGAAAGUUGCGUGUAAAGGAAGCUUCUGCCUAUCACUUUGAGACCGGGAAUCAGCGCAGCAAAGCGUCGUUCGGCUGUCUCUAAAAGACAGGUCUGAUACAACAUUUCCGCCUUGAUCCACCUGAAAGCCGCCGUGAAUCACUGAUUGGUCCGCAAGCCGUGGGAAACGGACGAGAUCCCUUCAGGAGCACGCAGAAGAGCUCAACCUAAGCCAUGCCAGGGAACAGUAACCGAGAGGGCGAGAGCAGUGCCUUCAUUAGCAAAUUCUACCCGGAUGAGAAUACACGCUCGGCGCUGUCCUACCAGCCUCAAGCCGACGACAUCUUCGUCGUGACAAAUUUUCCCUUAUGCGGAGACACCUGGGUGCAACUGAUAAUCUACCACAUUCUCCACAAGAGGGCGCCACCGUCUCCUCUUAUGGAACGGGCCACGCACCUACCUCACCUCGAGUUGCAGGGCUCUGAUGCUGUCCAGGCCAUGCCGAGACCCGGAAGCAUACGCACCCACCUUCCUUUCCACCUUGUUCCUCAAGCAGACUGCGCAAAGUACAUCUACGUCGCGAGAAACCCGUACGACUGCUGCGCGCAAUUCUUUGAACAGAUUUCGAGCGCCCAAGGGAAGAGCGUGGACGAGGCACUCAAGGCGUUCCCCUCGUUUUUUGAUCAGUUCGUCGAGGGCCGAGCCUUCUGUGGUGAUUACCUCACCGACCUUGUGUCCUGGUACAAACGAAGGUUCGACGACAACGUCCUAUUUCUCACGUAUGAAGAUUUGAAAUAUGAUAACAUGACAACAGUUUUGAGGAUUGCUGACUUCUUGGACGAGGAAGGCCAGUAUGGUGAGUGGCUGAGGCGAAACGGAAAGUUCUUGAGGAAGAUCUGCGCCGAGACUCAAUACGAGGGUGUUUGGGAGUGCGUGGAGGAGCACACGAAGCUGAAGAUGAAGGAGGCAGCCGCCUUGCCUGAUGAAGGCAAACCAGACUGGGUGAAGCAACUGCAGAAAGCCUCAGUGACCUUCGGACAGCUGUUCGGCAUGAAGUGUGAUGAAGGCAAAACGCGGCUAAGCCGAGAAGACAUGUUUACACCUGACAUGAUCAAGAAGCUCGAAGAGCGCCUAAAGAUUGCGGCUGGAGGCAGCAACCACAUCAUGACGUUGUGGACGAGCAUUGAGUAAUGUCUUCUGAAUACCUGGCGUUGGUGUGGGCCGCUUAUGCAAUUUAUAGGAGAAGAGUUCCUUGUGGAAAAUUUACUAGAACGUACUAUUAUCAUUCAAGAUUACACGCCGCCGAAAUAAAUGUUGAGUCAUUAUUUAACAGCCAUGUAUUAAGAAACAUGAGCACAAGAAAACAGAAGCAGUAUUAAUAAAGAAAAUGCGAUGAAAGAUUGAACGGAAGCUAUUUUUUCUGCUUUCAUUGAAUACGCUUUUUACCAGGGAAUGGUAUAUUUGCAGUUAAAGAAAGUGAGCAUCAUCGCAAGAAAUACUAGAUCGAAGGUACAAUCCAACUUGAAUAGCACUCGCAGCAUGUUUUAAUGAGGACAUUGUCAUGACUGGCGCUGUUUUCCCUUUUUCCCUUUAUGUUGAAAUAGAGGUCCCCGUGAUGUAGAGGCUUCCGGAGAACAAACCGCACGCGAUUGCAUAAGCAUGAACUUUUGAUUGCAUUAAUUUUGGAAACAAAGCCUCUUGCGUCUUUAAACAAAACCAUAGCAUCCCGAGCUUAGUCCUCACUACUAGCAAGUAGUUAUUCUUACGGAAGACGACGUGUCGUGUUGACUUUCUUCAUGACUGUCUAAUAAAAACGAUAGCAUCGA